UACUUGGAGGUCAGACUUGGAGGCUUUCAGGAAGGUUUUUGGCUGGCUGGAUUCAGGUUGCAGCUGUUGCUUUAAGACUAGCUGGUGGACUGUGCUGGAUUGCAGUAUCUUUCCUUUGGAAGGAGAGAGGAAUCGGCUGGAGGAAGCUGGAGCCCAGCCCCGCCGGGAGAUGCAGUGUUAGUGGUGGAGUCAGCCAAGGGAAUUUCAGAUGGCAUGCUCUACUUAAAGCAAGAAUUCUUCAGAAUCAUCCCUUUGUGGAGGUGCUGACUGUGAGUCCCUCCAGUGCCAGAAUUCCGAGAGGACCUGUGCAGCAGCCUCUGGAAGAUCGAAUCUUCACUCCGACGGUCUCGGCAGUUUACAGCACUGUAACACAAGUAGCAAGACAACCUGGACCUCCUACCCCUUCCCCUUAUUCAGCACAUGAAAUAAACAAGGGACAUCCAAAUCUUGCAGCAACCCCACCAGGACAUGCGUCGUCGCCUGGACUCUCACAGAGAUAUGAUUUUUCCCCUGAGGACUCCUUUAACUGCAUCCCAGAAAUUUUGACCCCUUAUCCCUCUGGACAGAAUGCAGCUCCAACCACAUUGGUGUAUCCCCAAGCCCCUCAGACAAUGAACUCACAGCCUCAAACCCGCUCUCCGCCCAGCAGAACAGUGCCAAUACAUUGCACAGACAACUGGAAGAGGAGGAAGGUUUUGGAACAGACUCCCGUUUACAGGUCCUUGGCUGGAAGAGGCUGGAUAAAAUACUGCAUUUUUGCAGCGGGGCCUCGACCUGCCCAUCAUCAGUUUUUUCAGAGGCCUCAAAUACAGCCUCCUAGAGCUACCAUCCAGAACAGCAGCCCUUCCAUCCGUCCCGGUGCCCAAACACCAACUGCAGUGUAUCAAACCAAUCAACACAUCAUGAUGGUUAACCAUCUGCCAAUGCCGUAUCCAAUGCCCCAGGGCCCUCAGUACUGUAUACCACAGUACCGGCAUAGUGGCCCUCCUUAUGUUGGGCCUCCUCAACAGUAUCCUGUCCAGCCUCCGGGGCCUGGCCCCUUUUAUCCUGGACCAGGGCCUGGGGAAUUCCCCAAUGCCUAUGCUCCAGGCCUGUGUUUCAACCUGCCUUCUGCCUCCUUCCACUUGGAUGCCUUCCCAUCAGCUCAAAUCAACAUGCUUAAAAUUGGACUCAUCAUCUUUCCCCCAAAACUGACUCCCCUUCCAGACUUUGCUAUUUCUGUUAAUGGAACACCGUUCUAUCCAAGUCAGCCAGUGUACCAGUCAGCACCCAUCAUAGUGCCUACACAGCAGCAGCCUCCGCCAGCCAAGAGAGAGAAAAAAACGAUACGGAUUCGGGAUCCAAACCAAGGGGGGAAGGACAUAACAGAGGAGAUCAUGUCUGGAGGUGGCAGCAGAAACCCUACUCCUCCCAUUGGGAGACCUACGUCGACACCGACACCUCCUCAGCAGCUGUCCAGCCAGGUCCCCGAGCACAGCCCCGUGGUUUAUGGGACUGUGGAGAACACUCAUCUUGCUGCCGGCACCCCUGUCACUGCGCCUAGCGACCCGAAGCAAGAAGAGAAGCCAAAACCAGAUCCAGUAUUGAAGUCUCCUUCCCCAGUUCUUACCCUAGAGCCCAUUGGGGAAAAGAAAGAACAAGCUGGUCCAAUACCUGAGACAAGUCCAGUGGAAUCCAUCGCAGAGCUUCCUCCUCCUCCUCCUCCUCCUCCUCUGUCACCUACACCUCUGGCUCCAGUCACUCUCAGUACUCUUCCUCCCACCAGCACUGCUGUCCCUCUGUGUAAUCUGCCUGCCUUCCCAGCGGAUGGAGAUGGUCGAUGUGAACUCACUUCCCCAAAAGAGGAUGCCAUCCCUUUGCCCAGUCCUAUACCUUGCACAGAAACGUCAAGUGUGUCACCAUCCCACGAGCUGGAAGAUGACGUGUGCAAGGAUUCCUGUACUGUAGUGCCCGGUGAUCUGCCAGUGAUUGCUUCCACAAACCUCAUUAAUGAAAUGAACGGAGUUAGUGAAAAAUUGACAGCUACAGAGAGUAUUGUUGAAAUGGUAAAACAGGAGACAUUGCCUUUGACUGUUGAUCUGGAAGUUCUGGAAAACCCCCUAGAAGAUAUAAAAGUGGAAAGCACUCCAACGCCCGUCACGCUUUCUGCUGUUCUGUCUCUUUCUCCAUCUCCUCCUGCUCCUCCAGCUUCUCCCCCUCCAGUCCCUGCUGCUCUCACUACAACUAGCGCUCCCAGUGUCCCUGCUGCUGUUCCUGGAGGUUUAGAAGAAGAGGAGAUCAUAAGAACUGCCCUUAGUGAUGAUGUAAAAGACAUCCAACCAAAAGUUGAGGUGGAAGCAGAUGGGCAAACGGAGGAAAGCAUGGAUUCUCAGAACCUAAAUUCAAGAAAGAGCCCUGUCCCAGCCCAAACAGCUGUAACAGCACCAAAGAUGUGGAAGAAACCAAAAGAUCGAACCCGAACCACUGAAGAGGCGUUAGAGGCAGAAUCAGAGCCUAAAGUUGAAGAGGAGCUUUCAGGUGACAAAGUACUUGAAUCUGAACAGGAUAAAAUGAGCCAAGGGUUUCACCCUGAGCGAGACCCCUCGGACCUUAAAAAGGCGAAAGCUGUGGAAGAAAACGGAGAGCAGGAGAGCGAGCCCGUGCGUAACGGAGCCGAGAGCGCUUCUGAAGGGGAAGGAGUCGAUGCGAACUCGGGCUCCCCAGACAGUUCUGGCGAUGGGGUAGCCUUCCCUCUGAAGCCAGAGCCCUGGAAGCCUGCUGAUACUGAAGGGAAGAAGCAGUAUGACAGGGAAUUCCUCCUCGACUUCCAGUUCAUGCCGGCUUGUAUCCAGAAGCCAGAGGGCCUGCCUCCUAUCAGUGAUGUGGUUCUUGACAAGAUCAAUCAACCCAAAUUGCCCAUGCGAACUCUGGACCCUCGGAUUUUGCCUCGAGGACCAGACUUUACUCCAGCCUUUGCAGACUUUGGGAGGCAGACGUCUGGUGGAAGAGGUGUACCUUUGUUGAACGUUGGCCCCAGAAGAUCUCAGCCGAGCCAGAGAAGAGAGCCCAGGAAGAUCAUCACGGUUUCUGUGAAAGAAGAUGUCCAUCUCAAAAAGGCAGAGAAUGCCUGGAAGCCUAGCCAGAAACGAGACAGCCUGGCUGAGGACCCUGAAAACAUCAAGACCCAGGAGCUUUUCCGAAAGGUUCGGAGCAUCUUAAAUAAAUUGACGCCACAGAUGUUCAACCAGCUGAUGAAGCAGGUGGCAGAGCUCACUGUUGACACAGAGGAACGGCUGAAAGGAGUUAUCGACCUGGUCUUUGAGAAGGCUAUUGAUGAACCCAGCUUCUCUGUGGCUUAUGCAAACAUGUGUCGGUGUUUAGUAACGCUAAAAGUGCCCAUGGCUGACAAGCCUGGGAACACAGUGAACUUCCGAAAGCUGCUCUUGAACCGCUGCCAGAAAGAGUUUGAAAAAGAUAAAGCAGAUGAUGAUGUCUUUGAAAAAAAGCAGAAAGAACUGGAAGCAGCCACUGCGCCAGAGGAGAAGACGAGACUUCAUGAUGAACUAGAAGAAGCCAAGGACAAAGCCCGGCGAAGAUCCAUUGGCAACAUCAAGUUCAUUGGAGAGCUUUUUAAACUCAAAAUGCUAACAGAGGCCAUCAUGCACGACUGUGUAGUAAAACUUCUGAAAAACCACGAUGAAGAGUCCCUCGAGUGCCUCUGCCGCCUGCUCACCACGAUUGGCAAAGACUUAGACUUUGAGAAAGCAAAGCCUCGUAUGGACCAGUAUUUUAAUCAGAUGGAGAAAAUAGUGAAAGAGAGAAAAACAUCAUCCAGGAUCCGCUUCAUGCUUCAGGACGUAAUCGACCUAAGGCUGUGCAAUUGGGUUUCCCGAAGGGCAGAUCAAGGCCCCAAAACUAUUGAACAGAUUCACAAAGAGGCCAAAAUUGAAGAGCAGGAAGAACAAAGAAAGGUGCAGCAGCUGAUGACCAAAGAGAAGAGACGACCAGGUGUUCAAAGAGUGGAUGACGGUGGGUGGAACACUGUGCAGGGGGCCAAGAACAGCCGUGUGCUGGACCCCUCCAAAUUCCUCAAAAUCACUAAGCCCACAAUAGAUGAGAAGAUUCAACUUGUGCCUAAAGCCCAGUUGGGCAGCUGGGGGAAAGGCAGCAGCGGGGGAGCAAAAGCAAGCGAGACGGACUCCUUACGAUCAGGUGCCACUAGUUUGAACAGAUUUUCUGCGCUGCAGCCUCCAGUAUCAUCCGUCUCUGCUUCAUCCACCCCUCUGGAGUUUGAUUCUCGCCGGGCCUUAACCAGUCGAGGCAGCAUGGGCAGGGAGAAGAAUGACAAGCCGCUGGCUUCUUCCACGCCUCGCCCCAACACCUUCCUGCGCGGCAGCAGCAGCAAAGAUCUCUUAGACAAUCAGUCCCAAGAAGAACAGCGACGAGAGAUGCUCGAGACCGUGAAGCAGCUGACGGGGGGCAUGGACAUGGACAGGAGCAGUACAGAGGCGGACCGCAGCAAGCCGAGGGAGACUGCUAAACCAGAUGUUGCCACAGCUCCAGUUCCUGAAAAACCUAUGAUGUCAGAGGAGGAAAUGGAGAGAAAGUCUAAAUCUAUUAUUGAUGAAUUCCUACACAUUAAUGAUUUCAAGGAAGCCAUGCAGUGUGUAGAGGAGUUAAAUGCACAGAACCUAUUGCCUAUUUUUGUGCGAGUGGGAGUGGAGUCUACCCUGGAAAGGAGUCAGAUCACCAGGGAUCACAUGGGCCAGUUACUACACCAGCUGGUGCAAUCAGAAAAACUCAGCAAACAGGACUUCUUCAAAGGGUUUUCAGAUACCUUGGAAUUGGCAGAUGACAUGGCCAUCGAUAUUCCCCAUAUUUGGUUGUACCUUGCUGAGCUGGUGACCCCCAUGUUAAAAGAAGGAGGAAUCUCUAUGAGAGAACUUAUAACAGAAUUUAGCAAACCUUUACUUCCUGUGGGAAGAGCCGGGGUCUUGCUUUCUGAAAUAUUGCACCUUCUAUGCAAACAAAUGAGCCAUAAGAAAGUGGGAGCCUUAUGGAGGGAGGCCGGCCUCAGUUGGAAGGACUAUUUGCCAGAAGGGGAAGAUGUACAUAACUUUCUCCUGGAGCAGAAAUUGGACUUUAUAGAGUCUGACUGUUCCAGUUCCUCAGAAGCACUUUCAAAGAAAGAACUCUCUGCUGAAGAGUUGUACAAACGGCUUGAGAAACUCAUUAUUGAGGACAAGGCGAAUGAUGAACAGAUCUUUGACUGGGUAGAGGCAAAUCUAGAUGAAAGCCAGAUGAGUUCACCUACAUUCCUUAGAGCUUUAAUGACAGCAGUUUGUAAAGCAGCUAUUAUAGCCGACUGUUCUACUUUCCGAGUGGACACUGCUGUUAUCAAGCAGAGAGUGCCGAUCUUACUCAAGUACCUAGACUCAGAUACAGAGAAGGAACUACAAGCACUUUAUGCACUACAAGCAUCCAUCGUCAAACUUGAUCAGCCUGCCAAUCUGUUGCGGAUGUUUUUUGAUUGUCUCUAUGAUGAGGAGGUGAUCUCAGAGGAUGCCUUCUACAAGUGGGAAAGCAGCAAGGACCCUGCCGAGCAGAGUGGGAAAGGUGUGGCGCUGAAAUCCGUCACGGCCUUCUUCACGUGGCUGCGGGAAGCCGAAGAGGAGUCAGAGGAUAACUAAAACUUCAAAUAUACAAAACGAAACAAAAGAAACAAUUUAAGUAUUUUUUUAAAAAGUUUCACGUCUUCGCCAAUCACAGUGCAGCAAGGCCAAUUCUCGAGCAGAAACCCCCACGUGUGCACGAGUGGGAGAGGGGAGAGAGAAACAAAAAGGUGAUCAUGGAGGAAAAAGGUACUGGAAAAAGUAAACGUCAAACCUGAGGGCGGGAGCACUAAACCAAAAUACAUGUAUUAUUUAUAGAAAAUAUUUUCUGUUUUAAUCUUUUCUUUUCUUUUUAAACAAGGACUCAUACUUUAAAAGAAACAGAUCUGUUUAGCAAAAAAAAAAAAAAAAGUUGAGAACUUUAAUUUAUUUUAAGGACUGCAAAUGCCAGUGUAAUUUUUUAAUUUGCAGUUUCUGUAAACAAAUUGUAUAAUAGAAAAGCAGAGAAAUAAAUUUCCCUCCCCUUCAGAUGCACCUCACUUUUGUUUCAAAGCAUAGUAGAUAGUCCAGUCUUAAGGGGGUCUUGGGGUGAGCUAGGUAAGAGAGAUUAUUUUUUGUUGUUAUUUUUUGGCAUCAAAUCUUUCUGCCUGCCUCUCAGCUUGCUUCAGAAAUUAAAAAUCAAAAUAGUAAUCAAAACAUACAUAAACUUGGAACAGAAGGAAAUGCAUUUGAGAAAAUGCUGUGGACCAGAGAGCUCCAAGAAUUAACUUGUUCAGAAAAAAAAGUGCUACCCUGGGAAAAGUACUCAUAAUACUUUUGAAACCUUUAGAGCAACUUUAAGGCUUGUAAAUACAUAGAACAAAUAUUUAAAAAAAAAAAAAAAGAAAUUGACUCAAUACUAUUUCUUCUCACUUUCAAAUAUAAAGAACAAAAUAAAGACAAGCAUUGCAAGUUUAAAGAAAA